CGAAGUUAUGCUGUUUCUGCGACGAUGCCGACGCCGCUAUUGGUCGUGGGCAGCACUGUCCGCGACUUUUGUAUGCUAGAGCGAAAUUUCUUGUCACAUAUCAAACUUGUUCUAUUGUUGUCGCUCAUGUUCGCCUCGGCGUUGCUUGGAAUCCGUCUCCCUGGACCUCCUGGCACGGGACAGUCUGGUGAUAGCUUGGGGUCUUUCGGUUUACCCAUCGCGAUUCUCCAGUUUAUCGCUGCCAUGCUUACAAUCGCUGCAGCAUUCUGGGAGUACCAUACAGGUCUAGAUGAUUUAAUGAAAGUUAGGGCAUUCUUUGUUGUAAACAGGCAAGUCUGCAGCUUCAAAGACCCUCUGAUUAUGCUGAUAACAGUCGUCCGCAGAAUACAUCAUAUCAUUAUGGCAGCUGUCACGACCAUUAUUGUGGCCACAUGUAUCAUAUAUGUGGUCAAGAGCAGUUAGUGUUUGCCAGGUGUGGCAACUCUUUCGUGACUUGCAUUAUCGUUUCUCAUGCUCCUUCCAUCAAGGGGCAUCCCUCGUGAGAAGGAAUUGUGAUUCGCGAGAGUGUGUGGCCCAUGACUUCGUGUCAUCAUUCCCGCGAUAUCAUCCUCCCUCCUCGAGGCAGAUAACGACCAAACGGACCACGGUGCUGUGCAAAAGUUGUUUCACUUUAUUGUCUUUGCAUUGGGAUACGUUUCAUUGAAAGUUUCAAUGCAUUCUGGUACCUCUCACGCUCUUGUAUACUAUACUCAGCUGUAUUCGAUACAUCUUUUCGAACUCUGAUGUGUGUGAGACUCUUGCUUCGCUGACCGGAGCGGUUUUCGCUACAAGUGGCAAGCCAGCACAACUCUCUCGA